UCUUCGGUGUUUUUAGAUUGUUUGAUGUGUGCACUGUGUCACGAACAGACAGAGAGACCAAGUUAACAUUGGUGUUUGAACAUGUGGAUCAAGACUUGACGACUUACUUGGAUAAAGUUCCAGAGCCUGGAGUGCCUACUGAAACUAUAAAGGAUAUGAUGCUUCAGCUGUUUCGGGGACUGGAUUUUCUGCACUCACAUCGUGUGGUGCAUCGGGACCUGAAACCCCAAAAUAUCCUUGUAACCAGCAGUGGGCAGAUCAAGUUAGCUGACUUUGGCCUUGCACGAAUCUACAGUUUUCAGAUGGCUCUUACAUCAGUGGUUGUUACUUUGUGGUAUAGAGCUCCUGAAGUUUUGCUUCAGUCCAGCUAUGCAACACCAGUUGAUCUUUGGAGUGUUGGUUGCAUAUUUGCAGAAAUGUUCCGUCGAAAACCACUCUUCCGUGGAAAUUCAGAUGUUGAUCAGCUAGGAAAAAUCUUUGAUGUAAUUGGACUCCCAGAAGAAGAGGACUGGCCUAACGAUGUUGCCCUUCCAAGAAAUGCUUUUGCUUCCAGACCUGCACAACCUAUUGAAAAAUUUGUACCAGAUAUUGAUGAAAUGGGCAAAGACUUGCUUCUUAAAUGCUUAGCGUUCAAUCCAGCCAAGAGAAUAUCUGCCUAUGCUGCCCUGUCUCACCCAUAUUUCCAUGGUCUGGAGAAAUGCAAGGAGAAUCUGGACUCUCACAUGUCAUCCAGCCAAAACUCCAGUGAGGUGAAUGCAUCACAGUGCUGACUGAAGAUGAACCUAUAAAUGAACAAGAUGUGUAGCUGACAAGGCCACUGUCCCAUACAAACCACAUGGCUGUUCUAGUGAAGAUCAUUGUUUGGAGGUUUUACACACUGUCUUUCAUUUUGGAAUUGCAAUGUGCUUAUCCAAGGAAAUCAACGUAGUUUACUUUCAUCAGAGCAAUGCAAGGGCCAGGGCUUUGGCCUGCUCCCAUUGCAGCUUUAUGUUUGUUUUGUUUUUGUCUUGUUUGCCUGCCUGGGAAAACUCCAGAUGAAGAGAAGCUGCUGACCAGUUUUGCUGCCGUUUUAUCCUUCUAAAAUUGAAUGCUGCCAGUGUGUAGUAGGACGAUCAAGUCACUGCCAAACAGGAUUCAAUCUCUCUCUAGCUGCUGAAGCAUGAUUUGGUGCUUUUAUUAUGAUGGUGUGAUCUCUUAGAGUGAUAUUUAAAGAAUGGCAUUGAAAUAUCAGAUCUCUGCAACUUGCAGUUAACUGAUACAUACAUUAAUACAUCCAGCUACUGUGCACUCAUAGAAUACAUGCAGGUCUUUCACCAACUGAAAACUUGGAUGGAUUAUUUUGUUAUUUCAUCGCUCUAUAAAAACAACAGUUAUGAUAGUGAUCGUAAUAAAUGUCUCAGCUUUUAGGGUUUUUUUUAAUACACAAACAAGUUAUUAUCUAGUUAAGUUUGUGUGCAUGUUUCAAAAGCAAUUGUUUAUAAAAACUUAUGAGGUCCCGUUCUUAAACAUCCAUUCAGUUUCCAAACGGUCAGUUUAUGUUGGAAUCCAUGCACGUUCUAACCCAUCAUCUAACCCAUAAUUCCUUUCCGGAAACAGCUGCAAACACACUUUCUCUUUCUCAUUCUGAAAUUUCUGAUAUGCAGCUCAAAGACACGAGUAGAGCCAAUGAAGAUGAAUACAGGUUUUCAUCUUUAACCUGUUCUCAUCGUUCUCUGAAAAGGAACAUAGAAAAAAUAUUUCCAGUUUGGAAGGAGAGAAUGCUAUACUUGUUAAGUACAGUUAUUUACCUGUGCGGAAUUGUAUGCUGCAUACUGUGCUGCCUUACCUACAACAGCCGCCAUGCAUCUCAAGUGCAUGAACAUUACUGUCACAAAAUGCCUCAGAUGUUGCUUAUUAAGAAGACUUGUUUUCUAUGCAGAAAUGCAUGAGCUUCUCUCCUAAGCCACCAUGUGGUAUACUGGCACAUGCUUCUCCACGAGGCUUAAUGUGCCAUUACUGAAUGUCAAAAUAACUAAGCAAUUCACAUGCCUUUAUAGAACAGUAAUUUUAAAUAUUACAGUAAAAUUUUAUAUGUAGUAUUUUUACCUUAACUAAAAAAUAUUUUCAGUAUUUUAAAAAGAAGCGUUUAUUUUUUUUAAUACUGUACUGGGGGAAAAAAAAAAAAGAAAGAAAUAUUUUCAAUCCAUGAAAGCCAUUUCCUUGUAUGACUUCAGUCCAUUUACCUGAAUAUGACUUGGGGGAAAAAUUGGUCCAAUGAGUUAACCCUUACCAGAAGAAUACAAAUAUACCCUAUUGCAGUGUAACUGAUGAGAAGUGAGGCAGACAGCUUUGCUUACUCUUAUGAUAGUCCCUUAGGCUACUCUCCAUCUUUAUUUCUUCUUGUCUGGCUACGGAGCCAGUGUUACACCCUUGCUCACGGCACGCUUGGCAAAAGCAAGUCCUUAGCACUGAAUUGAGCAGUGUAAUUGUGCCAGACAGGGCUCAGGAACCUGUAUCUGUCUCCUGGUAGGUUUCUCAGCCCUGUGGCAGACUGCCUGUUGUGGUGCACUUCACUGUUAACUCUGUUUCAGGUAUCAGUACUGUCUGGGACAUGGUCCGUUGCUAAGAUGGUGAGUGGAUCUUACCGGUCUCCUGGAUAAAGCUUUUUUUUACUGUUAGACACUUAACUGUGCAACUUGUAGUUAACAUUAUGCCUACUUUAAAUGGGCCAGAUUUUAAAAGGACCACUUGUGUGCAUGCAUGCAGUGGCCUGUGCCUUUCUUCAUGCCCAGAAUGGUCCCUGUUCAAAACCUACCAGCAUGAACAGGCAAGUUGUAUAUUAGGCCUGGCAAGAGCACAUAUGAGGCAUCUGCUCGCAAGGAUAAUACAGCAGAAGAAUUUUGGAAGCUCCACCAGUGGCAAGCUGAAGGCCAGGGAGCAGCCACGGCAGCUCACUGCUCUGAGCUCAGCUUCGCCUCUGCCAAUCAUUCUGCUCCUACACCCAAGGAGAGCGGCGAGCCCGUGGUACUGGUGCUGAACCAACCCGAUUCCUCUGCCAUUCAGCGAUCCUGAGUGGGAACGGGGCUUUGGUAUUCAUAGAAAAGAAUAGACCAAGGUGGUGUUUUUUAUCACAUUUUUUAAACACUAAUUAGAAUGACAAACAGAGACAAAAUACAGGUGAAUCUUGCAACAGCAACAAUAGAGAAGUUUUCUACACAGUUUACCAUUUUUUAAAACAUUCCACAUGUUACCUACCGCCAGGCUUUUGUACAUAUGCUAUCAGGACAUUCAGGUGAUACUGGCUUGCCAUCAGCUGUCAGGGAUCUUUCCCAGAGCUCUCCAAGAGCUAACAUCGGGUGAAAAUAGGUCUGGGUGUGGGUUUGGGGGUGUUACUUUCCAAUUAGACUCCGGACUCUCAGAUGGUGAAGUGCAUCUGCUGUCUGGUAGGAGAGCUGGGUGUACUGGGCUCAGCAACGCAAAGGCUGGAAGAGAAUAUGGUUGCUGACUGUAAGCAAAUUGUUAGGGCAAAAUAAAAAAGAGGGAAGUUAAUGCUUAAAGCCAAAGGUUAUUGUGAGCCCAAGAAUGAAUGAAAAAAGUGGGAAUUGCCAGAAAAUUAACUGUUGGGGCAGCAUUUCCCAGUUUGUAGUAUCAGAAGUGAAGCUCAAGCAAGCAGCAGAAAAAAGCACAGGUGGCAUGUGGAAUAGGAAGCAGAGUCCUGCAACAUGGUGCUGUAUGUUGUCUAAUAUAGGAUCAGGUUAUAUGUGGGAGUGUUCAGGAGAAACAGCUUGGAAAAGGUUGCAUUAAUGGUCAUGUUCUGGAACAAACACCCAGUGGGAAUGGCAGGAACAAAAAAAAAAAAAUCUGUGUUGACAGUGCUGGGAAAAGGAUCUUUUUUCCCUUGUGGUAGCAAUGGACUGUAUUCAAAAGCCCAAGGACUUUCCAAAUGACCUCCUUUUCAAAAUCUCUUCAGGAAGAAAUUCCAGAAGUCCUUCUCUGACAUGUCUUAGGCUUCCUCUUAUUCCCACCUCCCCUGCCAAGCCACGAGACUUCACUUACCCUGGUAAACCAAGGAGGACUGUUCUCUGGCUGGGCGAAGUGCUGGCAGUGGCUGACAGCAUGGGGGAACCACGCUCCUAGUGAGACAGCACAAAGACAAUUGGGAGACUGCUUACAUCAUGCUCUUGCUCCUUAUAUCUUCAUGGUGUGGUUGCAGUCCUCAAGUACCUUUACUUACUAAUGCUGUAUGUGUAGAAUUAGAAUUACACAUGUGAAAAAAGUGCUCCUUGACACACUCAGUCCAGACUGUGAUGAGAACUCCUCAUAAACCCUUUAAAAAAAUACUUCAGAACACAGUUCUUAAAAAUAACUCUGUCUGCAUGUGUUCUGCAGGACUGGUUCAAUAGCAGCUGAAGCCCACUGCCUAGCAAAAAAUAUAUGAAAAGUCAGGAUGGAUGAUUAGCUCCAAGAGCACCCAUAGCCAGACACUGCACUCUUCUCACCAGUCAACGGGAUGUUCUGGGAAACAGGAGCAGUUUCCAUCUCCCACAAACGGGUUUGUUAUCCCUGCUACAUACCUACAGGAAAAAAACAGUCCCAGCAGACAAGGAAAAAACCUACUAAAGCCAGCUGGUGCAAUGCCACAGCAAUAAGACUGGGGCAGCCCCUUUCUCCUCACCCAGUCCCCACACUCAGUCUAGCUCUGCAGUCCUCUCCUUCAGCAUCCUUAUGGAAAACAUUUCAGUGACACUCACAGGUGCUAUUUCCAGCAAGAGUCUUCCAAAUUUUCAAUAGCUGCACAGUGCCAGUGUCCUGUGCCUGUGUAUUCCACAGUGUCAGUGUCCCCUGUGUGCUGUGUAAGAAGUGUUGCUUCUUUUAGUGCAGCAGCCCAGAAGAGAUGAUUUUAAAAGACUCUCUUUGUGCAUGUCCUCACUUAACAUUAGUUUUGUGUACACCUUUGUUGCCUUCUGUGUGCCAGGUAGAACUCUAAAAACAGGGUUUGUGCAUAUUUCUGUAUUUCUGUGUAGGCUGUGCCCACACUCUGUUUUUCUUCUUCCUGCACACUGGUCUAUUAUGUGAAAUGCUAGGAAUACCUUUCUGUCUUGAUUCAGUCCUAAAAUAGACCUAAAAAAUUAAGAUAUUGUGCUUGCAAAAUUCUGAAAUGUGGUGCUAUGUGUAUGUAUAGAGCCUCUUAAAUGAAAGGAAGCAGCAGAUUGUAGGUAGUAUUUGAGAAUCUCUUGCAUGGGAGAUGCUGUCCAGCAUCCUAACUCUUAAUUAGUUUUCAUACUUGAUGGUUGUUUUGUUGAAUAAGAAGAAAGUACUGCACCAUGCUACUUCUCACAGGUUCUCUACUGUCUUUUAGAAGCAUCCAAAGGGAUCAUUCUCUCUGGUGUUUGGCUAAUUUUAAUAUGGAAAAUAACGACAAAACAUGCUGGUUUGGUCUUCUAGCCAACAAACUCGGAGCACUUAUCUGACUCACAACUGAAAGCACAUCAGUUGUUAAAUUUGUAUAUGAAUCAUAAGCCACAGUUUGGUUUAAAAGACAACGUAAAUUAUUUGCCAUGUAUAAAACACAGUUGAAUAAUGAUGUUUAUUCUCAGAACUCUGUUUUAUAGAACCACUUUGUUAGUAUUUUUCUUAGGCAAUAGUUUCAUGAACAGAUGAAUUUUUAUGUACAAUGUGAAUGAGAAGAUACAGACUAUUAGAGUGAUCUGUUGUUUUAUGCUUGAAUUGCUCAGAAUUGAUCAGAAGCUUAGGAACCUAACUUAUUUAUUGUGUUGGCUCAAAACUACUUGUAAGUAUCAAGAACUUUCUUGAUUUAAUGGGAUUUUACACCUCUCUUAUUGUGUGAUUUUGUUGACAUUAGUAUAUUAGAAAAAAAAUGUUUUUCCAAAUUGGCACUGUGGGAGAACAAUUAAGAAAUUUAUUUUUAAAUUCACAUAGAAUAGUCUGUAAUAUACUAAAACCUUCAGUAACUAACUGUUAAUAAGCUAUCACUUUUCUAUCUACUAGAUUACUAAACAUUGGAGUAUACAGAUUACUUUCCAUGAAGAAAAGAAUCAAUCUCUUGAAAAAUGGGAUUUUUAUGUGCCUGAUCACGUCUACCAGGCUACACUAUCAUAUUAUUUUUUUAUGUGUGCCAGUACAGAUCAGGUAUGUAAAAAUCUGACUACAAUUUGCCAGUCGAAUAGGCUGUGCAAUUCAAAUAGCAGUUCUGUUUGUCAGUUAUUUUUUUUAUCCCUUUGUUUUACAAAUUGUUAGAUAAUGGCUGUAAUAUAAUUCCAGUUUCUGGACCAGGCUCUGUAGCCAUCAAAUCCCAGUCACUUCUGAAAAGCAAUAAGAAGCUUUUUCAUUGAUUUAAAUGAUCUAGGCCAUUAAAAGAAGAAAGAUGUGAACAUACAAACUGACAAGCAUAGCUUUGGCAAUUGUUAUUUCUUCACUUCUGACUAAAACAUAGCAUGUAUUACAUACUGAUAUGUAAUAAAUACACAAAAUAAGAACCAUAAAACACAGUUAGGAAUAGUGUGCACAAAAAUAGCUCAUUCAGUUCUUGUAGAAAAUAGCUACAAAUCUUUCUUUUAGCUACGUGAUUACAGUUUGAAACGGAUAAACUUUUACAUUUAAAAAAAUCCCUUAAAAUCAUGUAUGUCGUGUUUUUAAUACAAAGAGUGAGAGAACAGAUCUGAAUCAAAUAGGAACAUGUUCUUGAAGAUGAUUCCACAAAGCCAAGUGAGCACUGUCGGUUCUUUUUGUGUUCACUGGAAGCUGAAAGUAGUCAGCACCACACUUGUGUGAGCCUUUUGCCUUCUGGGCAGAAAAUGUUGCUUGCAGUAAAAGUUAGUGGAGAAGUUGUCUUGACUUAAAUAUAGUCCUUUGAAAGCUUCUGCAGUGUUCAAAUUGGGUAAAUUUCCAGCCUUCCAGCAGACGUGAACCAGAGCUCCCUAACCAGAUGGCAUUUCUUCCUUCAAAUGAAAUGUUUUAUCUCAGUUAAAAUUCGCUGUCGGCUUCAUCCUACCCAAUGUCAAUGAGACAUCUGCAUGUCUAGAGAAAGCAAGAAGUUCUGAUACGGACAUUUUGCUACUGGGUAGCGAAAAUUGUUUCUGGAAAAAAACAGACCAAGGAUACUGCCUUUGAAAAGAAAAGGUUAAAAAAAACCUGACAUUAGUAAAGAUAAAAAAGGAGAUUUUAAGGAACAACUGGUAUUUAUGAAAUGAGAAAUGUAAAUACAAACAGUGUAUUAAACAAACAUUGAAACUGAUACUCUUUGACUGCAAAGUUGAUAGGGUUUUAUGGAAGAAAAUAGGUAUGAACUUAAUCUAAUCAGCAUUUGAAUGUUCAUUUGCACUAAAGCAACCUCUACUACUUGAUUGAAAGAAGAAGGGAAGACUGGUGAAGUCUGCUUGGAUAUGCUGUAACGCUCUCAAGCUCAUUGCCCUUUUGGGAGCGUGCUAAAUUGGCAUCCACACUACUGAGCGUUCAGCACCUUAAACCCAUCCACAUGCCAGGCAAAUGUUCCCAUGUUUACACUGAUACUUGCUCCCGAAUGGAGAACAAAUUUUCACAAAUAUUCGAUUGUCGGCUUCCUUUGCGCUGUUACUUCUGAUGGGUUUCUAAUUAACAUCCUGUAAUAGGCAACUUUUCCUCUUACUUCAUGUUUCAUACAUACAACAGGUUGUUCAAAUCCUCACCUUUAGAUCAAUUUUAUAUAGUUUUAUUAAUCUUCUCUACACUUCUUCCUGCUGCUGUGUUUUACACUCAGAACGAAGCCACAUUCUGCUGUAUGUUCCUGCCAUGUAUUAAUGGUAGGGGGCAGAUAGAUAACAUUUUCUUGUGACUUUUCUUCCUUUUAUAAAUCUUAGUGAGGCUUUUAAAGUGUUCUUGAAUGUCAGCAUCUAUCUUGAGUACCCAGACGAGAGAGGAAAAUUGUGAAGUGCUGCAGAGAUAGGAAAGAAAACAGGCAGAGACUAGGAGGGUUCAGGACAACUGUUGUAAGUAAAUUUGGAUAUGUGGAAUAGUGAGAUAUAAAUGUAGGGGGAAAACUUUUUUUUUCCAUGUUUUUUGUUUUCUCCUGUCAUUUCCUUCCACAAGCGUAAGAUGAUAAAGCAAUGCUCUCACACAGGAUUUUAGUUCCAGAUACUGAAUGUGCCAACUCAAGUCAUGAAUUCUGGAGCCGUUUUUCAAGAUUGCAACAUUUUAAAAAUCAGGUUGUGUAGAAGUUAGAGACUUUUCAGUGUAGAUAUUAGGAAAAAAAAGGGGAAGUGGGUGCCGAUGAGGGUUUGAGAGCAGAUUAAGCUGAUCAUACGAACACAGCCUGUAGCUGAGCUGCAGAAACAGAGGAUACAUUGCUAUAAUGCGAGUGGGUCACUAUCUGUGCCCAAUGCUGUGUGGUAUUGUGGAUUACAAGCUGAUUCCUGCAGCAAAUUGAGAAUUCUUUGCCAAGCCAAAAUGGCAUGUUUUUGAGCACUUGGAUUUUCAUGAGAUUAUGCACAUGAAGUUUUAGCUGCAUCAGUCCAGGUGGCUCACCAUCUUGCAGGAGCAAGUCUGAGAACUUAGCAAGUCUGUGAGACACCCGAUGUAAGUAAUGCUGCGGGACCAUCUGCCAGGAAGAAAGGAGGCUUUUCAUUGGCUGUACAGCAGGGAGGGAGUUAUGCCACCUCCAGAAAUAAGAAGUAUGAGGUCUGUGUAGCACUUCGUUAUGUUUAGUCCACGUGUAUGGCUGAUGGGGCAAGUGAUGCUACAGAGUGGCUUGUUUUAGUCCCUCCAGUAAACGAGAGCAACUAGCCUAGGCACAGAGACAAAUUCACAGAUCUAGGGUAGGAAACCUUUAAUUCUACAGUGCCUUCUCAGGCAUUGAUUAAGUACAUGCAGUGAUGGAUCAUGUAGCAGCUAAAUGCUCUCCUUCUCUUAUCCCAGAUCAAGCUACUGUGACAUUAAAAGGAGCCUGGUCCUUAGCGGUCUGUCAGCAUCCUGCUUCCUCAAGCUACCUUGAUUGCCUGUCACUUAUAGCUGACCUUGCUGAUACUUCCCUAGUCACUUAAAAAGCUGUAAGCUAAAUUAUACCUUGUGAUUCUGCAGUUCCCCAAUUUGCAGGCAGCAUAAUGUGUGUGUACUAUAGUUUUUCCUUGCUUUUCAUUAGGAAUUGGGAAUUAAUACAAUAGAAUAUGGCAGUGUUCGUUAUUUCUUAUACUCUUUUGCUCAAGCAAAUAUAUGAGCAAGGGUAAAUUAGAUUGAAUGUAAUGUGUUUGAUCAGCCAAAGCAAUUUUUGAUUCAGAAGAUUAUUUUCUAAAUAUUUAAGAUUCCUAGCCAACUGUCUGUCAUGUACAUUUACAAGAGCAGCCAGUGAUUCUUCUAUUAUACAGAAGUUUCUGAAGGAUACAAACGAGACCAGCAAUGGCCUCCUCCUACUGCUUACCCCCUUUCCCUUCCCCUUCCCAGGGAUCACUGCUCCAGGGAGAGGUUUUCUCCCAGCAAGAGUCAGAACAAGUAGGAACCUGAUCUUCCCUGUAUGAAGGUCUCCAGCUCUCAAGAUGACAUGGGUGCAUGUAGGCACUCUUUCCUUUGCCUGUGCUGUGGCAGGUGUGAGUACAGAGCCCUGCCCACUAUUUUUCCCUGAGGAAAAGUCCGUACAGGAUCUGAAGGAGACAGUGUGCUUACUGUUUCUAUGACAGGGCAUUUUAAAUAGUGGUAUAGUAAGAUCUCACCUAGGAGAUUUCUCUCACCAUCCUAAAGGAUCACUGAAUUCUGGGCAUAGGACAAAGUGCUUUACUCCAGGCGCGUGAUGAUGCAUUUCAGUCAUCCUUUAUUGGCAAUAGAAAAUAAAGGUUCAGAAUAAAGAUUGGCUCUGCAGACUGCUGAUUAAAGAAAAAGUGCUUUGCAGUGUUUAUCCAGCAAGACUCAAAAUCCAUCGCAAUGUCUUGCAACCCUCUUCAACGGUUGGUGUAACUAUGGGUUGUAACUACAACAAAAAGUACAUCAGGAUUUGGAUGCUGGCAGGAAGUUUGUGAAUGUGUUGCUGUACAAGGCGGUUUAUAUGAGCUCACUGGUAAUGUGCUCAUCUGAAGGCACUGAUUGCCAUGCACAUUUUGGACUGAAGAUAGAGGAACUGCAGUGUCAUUAAAUUAGAGGCCGAGGAAGGGAAGUACAAAUGUGAGCAGUGGGGACUGCAGAGAUUGGUCCUUUCUUUUUUUGUCCUAUACGUAUAGCAACCCAGUGGUUUUCCAGCUUUCUCUUCCUUUAUCAUGUUUACCUCCAUUCUCCUUCCCAUCGUGCAUGAUGAGUUGAACAGAAAAGCAUCACUACAGAUUACUAGCUCAAAGCCAGAGCAGGCCAGCACUGUGUAAAAAUGUGGAUUGCGCCAUGGUAGCCUUUAUUAAAUCACAAAAUCAUAGAAUCACAGAAUCACAAAGGUUGGAAAAGACCUCUAAGAUCAUCCAGUCCAACCGUCCACCUAUCGCCAAUAUUUCCUACUAACCAUGUGCCUCAGUGCAACAUCUAAAUGCAUCAUUUGUCUCAGUUUAGAUUCCAGCAAAUUAAAUCCAGUAUCUAUGAUGACUUUCUUGCAUUCAGCUGUGCCUAAUAACUUUGCUGUCAUUCUCUGCAGCAUUCAGAAUCUCUUGACUGAACAACCUACUUACAGUCACGACAGUGUGGGCAAAAGAAGUGUACCUUAUGGCGGUGCUUUUUGCUGAGGAGUGGAAGCCACUGAAGUUCCGCUGGGAAAGGGGCCUAGACAAGUCUCGAGAAAUUUUAGCCAUGUUUCCUUUACAGGCAAGGCAGCCAUUUCUGUUAAAGCAAGUAACACAUUUUCAAGUACUUAAGAAAGAGAAAAUAUAAAGUUGCCUAUGAUUUUCUUGCUAGAAUUUAUUUUCUACACAAAGCUGUAUGAUUUAGGCACUGAAAGCAAGCCGACAGGCACCCACUUAUUCUUUCCUUUCCAGUCUUCAAUUCCUUUGCAAAUUCUUUUCAAGCAUUCAGAUCAAUGUAUUUAUGGUCCAUUUCAUUCCAUUUCAGUUAAGUGGUCUAUUUCUGCCAUUGAAUCUUGUAUAGGUUUUAUUUUUAAUGUAAUAUUUAGCUGCAUUACUUUGAACAGCUUUAAAAGUAUAUUGUCUUUGAAUGCUCUAGUUAAAGUAUACCCUUGAAAUGAUGUUUUAGAAGUUGAACUGUAUACUUUGGAGCUGUUGUUUCUAUUAUAACUCCUGAAAGCUGAGUGCUUUCGUCGGUAUGUCUGUCUCCUUUCUGUGUAACAGCAUGUGUUUGUAUUUCCUCACUAGCUUGAUAUUCUUUGGUCUGAAGGCCCGAGUAGGUAAACACAGGAAUCCCGUGCCUCAGCUGGGCAGUCCCAGAGCUGAGAGGCGGUUCUCGUUUGGGCAGAGUUGCUCACAGAAGUGUUUGCAGAGAAGGCUUUUGUUUAGUAAUUGAUGGUAGUUGUGAGGACACAUGGUUAAUAACAGCACCAAGACACCCUGAAAUGGGGUCAGUGUUUAUUGACAAUAUGGACACAUAUAUCUGCAAGUUAUUUGACAUUAACCUAAAUUAUUCGUAUUGUAAUUCAGUAUAUUAUUUCUUAGGAAAACACACUAGUCCUGUGAAAGGGUAGUUGCCAAAAAAUGUGUCGAGUCUUGCUGCUUAAUUGUUUAUUUGCAUUUCGUGUACAUUUUUGUUGUUGAAGUGAAGCUAGUUCCAUAGAGAGGCAGAGAGCUAGAUCAGUCAAAAAACAAGUUUUAAAUAAGCUUCAUACUGUACCUAGAAUAGUAUGUGUGUUCAGAUGUAGUAUUUUUAUGCUUUAGGGUAUUUUGUUUGUUUUAAUAUGUAAAAGAAUAAGCAGGUUACUUUGAAAUGCUAUGGUAGGGCUAAUUUUAUGCAUAGUGGGAGAUGGUUGUCUGAAAAAUUAUAAUUAGAAAAUAUUACAUAGGCCGCCUUUGGCUUUAUCUUCUCUGUAGUUGUUCCAGCAGUUAUCUGUAGAUACCAGAUGCUGAAACCAGGGGCCACGUUUGUGUGGUGCCUCGUAACCGAAGUACAUUUGUUGCAACAAUCAAAUUGCCCAUCUGGAUUUGAGAAAAGAUCGCUGACUAUACAAAAGCAUAAAGGCAGCAAAUGUUGGUAUUUUUUGUGUGUGUGCGUGGACAAUUGCAUGAAAUAGGAUUGGGGUUUCAAAGUAAUUAAAAUCAUUCAGCGUGAUCUACUCUUUUUGUAACUCCACUGACUACAAUUAAUUUAAACCAAGAAUUUCACCAUGCAAAUCUACAAAUUCCAGUGUCAGGCAGCUCAGGUCUAUAUGGAUACUUAAGCUUAAUAAAUCAGCAAGAAUGUUAUAUAAAUGGUAAUGCGUGACAAAAACUAUUAACUCUAGUUAAUAUUAUUUCUCUCACAGUUUCUAUUCAUUUCUUUUUUAUACAAAAAUUUGGAAGUGCACUUCCUUGUGGCAUUGGGAUAUGUGACGAAAAGUGUGAUGCUGGUGCAGAAAUGUACCAGAACUAAGGUUCACUUCUCACUGCUCAGACAGCCCAUGCGUGCCUAUUUACACGUUACAAAUCCCACUGAAGUUAACAGAACUGCGUAAAGUGAGGCCUGUUUGUAACCCUUCUGGGAUACUGCUUUGGGAAUCUGCAAGAUACGUUACAGUCUCAAAAGGCAAUACUGAAACUUGUGCUUUCGGGUUUACAGAAUGCUAUGAACAGGGAGGAUAGCUUGUGAGACACAUCCAGAGCAACUUCAUUCAUUGGUAUUGUUACACCAGGAUGACGUCAAAAUCUGCCUCAGUGCCUUAAUUUCUCACUAUGAUUUUACAAAAAAAAAAAAUUAAAAAAUUAAAAAAAAUCAAGAAGUUAUAAGGGCAUCUAACACUGUUUGACUUCUGUUGUGUUCUUUUCGUAACACCAUGUGCUCUGGAGAUGUCUAGGGUUUGAUUAUCCAAGGAAUCAUGCGAAGCAGUUUCAGAUGUUUUCCUUCCUUCACCUUAGGACAAUAACUGCUGGUGAAAGGCAGCGCGGUCCCGCUGAGCUCUGUCACUUUACCUACAUAGGCAGUAGGAUUUUAUUGUGCAAGGUGGAAAGUUACCUAUGGUGCAAAGUGUACUACCUAGACUACCAUGGAUAUCUACUCACAGGACAUGAUUUCACUGUAUCACUUCAUACUUGAAAUUCACAAUGUUCUUUUAAUCAGGGUACAAACAUGAAAAGGUGCGUGUGUUACUGUUUCUUUUAAAGGUGCAUCAUUAUUUUUAUUCUGUGUGCUUAAUAAUUACGAUUCAGUGUUCUUUACAUUCUUUUUGUUCAGCAUUAAGAUCAGCUCUGUGUGAAACACAGUACUGCCCACAAAGGUACAGGAAGGUGUAACCGUGAUUCUUGAAUUGUUACGUACAUACGCUGGCUUGCCUUGUGCUUAUAAAUAUACACCAAGGGGUUACAUAACACAAACUGUGGUAAAUAAAAAUAUUGCACCAUUGCUGUACGGGAACUCUUGCAGCCUCUCUCUUCUUGCACAGCUGCUGAUUACCAUAUACGCAUUGGAAAAACUAUGUUUCUGCUGUACAGAAUGGCUGGGAAACAAUGCCGACACUUUGGACGCUCUCGGGCUCUCUUUGCAAGCUUUCAGACAAAGCCCUUUGAUCUCACUGCAUGCCUUCUCUGUGUCCCAGAUCUCACCCUGGGAGGCUUUCUGCUUUAGGAACACCCUCCGCUGGGGCUGCUUUACAUUGACUGCAUUGAAGUUCAUCGGAGCGUACUCUUCCAAGCAUGCACCUUACCAUAUAACAUAUUCUUUAGCUUUUACAAGUCUGUAAAGAUGGUGGACUGCAAAAAUACUCAUUUGUCAAUACGGCAGAGUUAAAUUAAGGCACACAGAAGGUUGUCAAUGUAUUAUAUCAGAAUUACAGUCCUUUGGAACUGAACGUUUUGCUGCUGGCAGUGCAAGAAAAGCAAAGUUGUGUAUUUAUUGUGGGUGCUGAGGGUUCAGUAUGAAAAUCGAUAUAAUAAAAAUGUUCAUGGUGUCAAGUUCUUUUUAGUUGUUCCCAAAUUAUUGGAAAGUAAAAAGGCAAGAAACUAGUUUUGUAUUUAAAACUACUUUCCUGAAGUUUACUUCACUUUUCUAGCUAUAUUUUUCUUUUAUCUAAAAAUGUAAAAUGAAUACAAAUGCAGUAAGUAUUGUAUAUUAAAUACAGAAAAGUAGCGAUGCCGUUUCCCA